AUGAAUCAAAUUUUGGAAUUUCUUAAACCUGAUCCACCAUAUAAUGAACCCGAAAAGUUUAAAGAUUUCAUAAAGGAUAAAACUAUUGUACCUGUUGAACGACCAAGAACUUAUCAACGGGUAAAAUUGAAACGAUUACCAGAUUUCGAAAUGAGUCCAGAAAUGAUAAAAAAACUUGAAAAGCCUAAAAACGAAGUUCGUGAAAUGCUAAGCCAAGUUCAAUUAAAUCCUGAUAAUUAUAAAGAUUUUUUUACCAACUUACUUUAUGCAGAAGAAUAUGAGACAACAGCUGGUUUUAAAAUUUAUGACAGGCAAGAAACGACAUUGGAGAGAUAUGAAGAUUAUUUGACACUGAAUAUGCCUGGUCUUGCAGAGGAACGUCCAUCUGUAGUUCCAGGAAAUUUUAUACUUGUUGUGAAAUGCGGGUUGGAGGAUAAAAAGGCGUAUAAAGGGUACGUGCGUAGUACCCGAGUAGAUAAAAUUGACAUAAAGUUUGGAAGGAAGUUUAUGCAGGAGAUAUAUUCACCAGAUGCAAAAUUCAAUGUUCGAUUCACAUAUAAUCGCAUAUCAAUGAGGAGGAUGCAUCAAGCUCUCAAUAAUGACAAGAUGAACUUUAGACGGUUAUUCCCUCAUAAUCACGAAAAUUAUAGAAGAAAUGGAAUAAAUGAUGAAAAUAAUGAUCAAUUAACCGAUUUCUACACUGCCCAAAAUUACUAUCAAAAACAAGCAGUAAGAAUUAUUAAAACAGGAGAGCAUCAUCCUUUACCUUUUAUUAUCUUUGGUCCACCAGGAACAGGUAAAUCAGCUACCGUCGUCGAAGCAAUAUUACAACUUCGGAAUGAUGACAAAAACAGAAUUCUCGCAUGUGCAGCGUCAAAUGCAGCUGCCAAUUUAUUAUUAAGGAAGUUAAGUGAAUAUUUGUCACCCGAGGAAAUGAUUCGAAUCUAUGCCGUUUCACAGAAACCAAAUAAACUAGACUCAGAUCUUCAUCGCUACUGUGUUAUCAAUAACGGCAAGUUCCAGGUUCCAACAUUAACGUAUAUAGAGGAACGCAAGGUAGUCGUGACUACUUGUAUUACUGCGGGAUUAUUGCAUGCACUUGGAAGAACAAAGCCGUAUACUCAUAUUUUUGUUGAUGAGGCAGGACAAGCUCUUGAACCAGAAAUCUUGACUGCGCUACAAAACGGUACUAAAGAUACAAAGAUUAUUUUAGCAGGAGACCCUAAGCAACUAGGACCAUUUGUCUAUUCAAAAAUUGCAAAAGAUCAUGGCCUUGGACAAUCAUUGAUUGAACGUCUUGUAGAAACCUCAUACUAUGAUUUUAGUGAUACUUGUAAAUAUGGUGUGAAACUCUUAAUAAACUACCGCACACACCCGAGUAUCCUUAACUUCCCUAAUGCAACGUUUUAUGAAGGUGCACUUCAACCGUGUGAUGACUUAAAUAACAAUAGCUUAAUCAAUUUUUCUUACCUUCCUAAGAAAGGAUAUCCGCUCAUGUUCUGGAAAGUUGAAGGAAAAGAAAACAGGGAGGGACAAUCACCAUCUUGGUUCAAUGCGCAUGAAGCAGGUUAUGUGUUAGCAGUUGUAAAACAGCUUUUGAAGGAAGAUGUUAAACCAGAAGAUAUUGGUAUUAUCUCACCUUAUGUUAAACAACGAGAAAAGAUUAGUAAAUUGUUAAAACAUAAAGAAAUUAACGGAGUGGAAAUUGGAACAGUAGAAAAAUUUCAAGGUCAAGAACGACGUGUAAUUAUCAUUUCUACAGUUCGAACAAGAUCUGCUAGAUUCUUUGGGGAACCGGGACGGGUAUGCGUUGCUUUAACCCGUGCACAGGAACUUUUAAUAGUAAUAGGAGAUCCAAGUACAUUGACUUCGAAUGAGCUUUGGGAACAAUGGUUGGAAGAAGUAAGGGUCGAGGGUGGACAUUCGGAGGUUCCUUUUCCUGAAAAUGUCUGGUGA